AAUAGGGGAGGAAGGAAACCAAGGUAUGAUGUUGGCUUUGAUUUGAUCCGGCAAGGUAGUGUCAUGUGCUCAAUCGGUCCUCCAUUUGCCAUUGCCUUCAAAGGGACUCCUCUUCGGGUUAUGGAGCUCCCUCUCACCCUCACCCACAGCCCUCCAACUUCAUCGUCUUCACCUCUUCUCUGUUAUCACUGCUCCAAUCUUUGCUAUUUUCAACCCAAGCUCAAGACCAAGGCUAUUCAUGGAGGACCCUUACUCACCGUCCGAUCCAUCAAGGCUUCUGCUGAGCCCACCACCUCUGAGAGGAUCCACCCCGUAGAGACCCCGCCUCCCUUUGCCAACCCCUCUGUGGAGGUUUCCUCAGUCAAUCCCGCUAUUAAGGAUGCUGACUUACCCGUUUGGGAUAAGAUUGGUGCUCUUGUCAGGCUCACCUAUGGCAUCGGGAUAUACGGUGCCAUGGCUGUGGCUGGAGGAUUUAUAUGCUCGAUCACUGGUAUUGACGCUAUGGGGGGCUUUCAUCUGUCUUCAGAUUGCAUUUUGCAAGGGCUCGGUUAUGCUGUGCCACCAAUCAUGGCUCUUCUGUUUAUACUUGAUGAUGAAGUUGUGAAGCUUUCACCCCAUGCCCAAGCCAUCAGAGAUGUGGAGGAUGAGGAACUCUGGAAUUUUUUUUAUGGGAUGUCCCCUUGGCAGUUUAUAUUGAUGGUUGCUGCAAGUUCAGUGGGAGAGGAGCUCUUCUACAGGGCUGCUGUUCAGGGAGCAUUGGCUGAUAUAUUUCUACGAGGCAGUAAUCUCAUGGCUGGUGCUCGAGGAAUGGCAUCUCUGACAGGAAUGCUACCAGCAUUUGUUCCAUUUGCUCAGGCAUAUGCUGCUGUACUUACUGCCGUACUCACCGGUUCCCUCUAUUUCAUGGCCGCCUCUCCCAAAGAUCCCCAUUACAUUGUUUCUCCAGUUUUACAACCCCGCUCCAACCGUCAGGACUUGAAAAAGCUUUUUGAAGCUUGGUACGAGAAAAGACAAAUGAGGAAGAUCUAUUCCCCACUUCUGGAAGGACUCUUGGCCCUCUACUUGGGUUUGGAAUGGGUCCAGACAAAUAAUAUUCUUGCGCCCAUUAUAACACACGGUAUAUACUCUACCGUUAUAUUGGGACAUGGCCUCAUGAAGAUCCAUCACCACCGACGUCGACUGCGUCAAAGACUUCAACAGCUCCAAUUGGAAGAAAGAGAGAAAGUAUGAGCAAAUUUUGAUAAUCAAGUGUAAUUGAAUUUUGAAGUGACAUCUAUUUGGCUAAAAAUUUGUACAUAAUGUAUAAGAGUCGUUAAUCAUAUAGAGACAUUGGUAUGAUUGAUGUAAUUAUUAAUUAAUUAUAGCAGUUCAAGUUAAUUCAAGGAA